AUGAACUUGAGCCCCAUUCGUGAGCCAAAACUUAUCAGCCAACCAGAGGGGAAUGCUGGGCCGGAGACUGGUCUGGCAUUCCUCUGGGAAACAUCAGGCAAGAGGAGGGGAGAAGAUUGUAGAGAUUUCCAGAGAAACAAAGAGGAACAGCCUGCUUCGUGGGAGAUUCUGCGUCAGCUCAUAGAAGAAAAAGUUGACAUCCUACGAUUCCCCUGUGAGGAGCAGCAGAGUUUGGUGUGCGAGGAGAGCUGGGGCAGAGAGGGACUGCAGGGGUUUGCUGCUCUGAGUGGACAGCUGACCUUUCACCUCCAGCAGCUGCAGGGGCAGACAGAGCAGGAGCUCAGCAGCAUUCACACACAACGCUCUGGGAUCGAAGCCCGCCAGCAGCAGCUGACCAGUGAGCUGUCUGACCUCCAGGAGAGGAAGAAGAAUACAGAGGAGGAGCUGAGGAGAGGAUCCUGCCUGCAGACAUCCACUCUGAAGCUGUGUGCCUGCCGGGAGCUUCAGGAGACCAUCACAGAGCGUCUGGUCCAGUCUGAGAGUCUGGUGUUCCAGGAGCAGGCGCUGGGCACACUCUGUGACCUACUGACCCAGGACCUGAGCAAGUACCAGGAAGAGGCUCAGAGACUGAACCGUUUCACCCAGAAAAUCCUCAGAAUUACCCAAAGUUCAAACACAGAGGAAACCUUCAGCAGCACCCAGAGCAUGCAGGGAAAGACCGAGAUGGAGACGGAAAACCACAUGCCCUCCUCCGGUUCCUCAUUGUCAAAACCAUCACUUAGUCCUCACCUGACCACCUCCAAAGAAGAGGUUGUGCUCGCUGAGAGGGACAAUCUUAAGAAGUCAACUGUAGACCCGUAUCGCAGUUUAAACCUGCAACAGCCCAGCAGCAUCAAAAGCUUACUCAAUCGAUUCUCUGGUCCAGAACACAUCUCGUAUUCAAGCUCACCACAGAGCCCUUUGUUUGGACUGGGCCGGGUUCGCAGGUAUGCUUCCAUGGAGGCUCUCAACACCACCAAGUCAAAGCCAUUCAGACCUGGCCUGUCCAGGGCGGACUGGAGCUCUGUUUCCAACUUGGCUGUGAAUCCAUCUGGGACGGAUAAUAGCACUCUAAAAGAGCCCCAGUCAGACCGAACGGCUCAAAGACAUGACCAAGGUGGUGAAGUAGCUGACUGUCCAGAGCCAGGCAGCGUCCAGAAGACAGAUUCAGAACCAAAGAGCAAAGCUCAAGCUCCAGACUCUGGUAGAGACUCAGUGGCUGACUCUGGCCUGGGAUCGGAGUCCGAGUUGGAUUUGAACAAGCAGUCCGACAGCCCAUCAGAAGAAGAGCCCACCACGCCCAAAGCCCCGGUCACCCAGAGCCCCAAGUAUCAGCUCUUCAUGAACAGCGACCUGAAACCCAACGGCUUCAGCGGCAGGGAUGCAAACGGGCUGGGCAGUACUGGGUCAACCGGAGAGAACAGCCCCAGGCUGUCCAGAUGGGAGAGCAACCGGCUCGGGGUGAACAACUUCCGAGGGUCCCUGGAGUCCCUGACCUCACGGGACUGGGACACAGGUUCUGACAGGCAGGGUGUGAUGGACAGCCCUCCCAGAGUCUUCAACAGUCCGUACGCAGCCACAAACACCUCGAUGGAAUACAACCCCACCUACCGACUGUCAGAGUUUAAGGCGCCUGGCGGAUUGUCUCCGUCCACCUCGGAGAUGAACCUGUACUCCUUCAACGGUCGCAGUCCCAGUCCGGUGGGCAUAACCACACCCACCCUGAACCCCACCCGCCAGCGGUUCUCCGCCUAUGACACUCUGAUGAGGAGGAGGACCGAGAUCAACAAUCCCGUGGCCCCCGUCCACUACAGUAUGCGCUCCUCCACUUUGGGGGGACCCAAUAAGAAAGACUACAUCGAAGAGCUGACCAAAGAGCUGGAUGCCUGUCAAAAGCGCAACCAGUUCCUGGAGGCCGAGAGUGUGGAGAUGGAGAAGGAGAGGAACCAAAUCAGGUUUGAGAUGCGUGCGCUGCUGGUGAACAACGAGGACCUGCUGAGGACCAACACUCAGCUGAACAAAGAGCUGAACAAGACCAGGGAGCAGGUGUUAGAGAUGGACAGGGAGAGGCAGGCCGUGGCAGAGAGGUUCCGGCAGAUGGAGAUUGAGGUGAAGGAGGCCCGGGAAGUGAUGGUGGAAGCCAACACGCAGGAGUAUGCCUUCAACUUUCUUGAGCAGUCACUCAAAAACAAGCUCCAGGAUGCUGAGGAAAACUUGGAGAAGCAGACGCAGCAUGCUCAGAAUCUCUCUGAGAAGCUGUGGAAGGCCCAGCGACAGCUGGAGGAGCUGGAGAUCGACCAGGAAACCAAAGGCAAGAAGACCUACGAGCUCAACAGCACCGUGCUCCGACUGGAGACCGAGCUGGGUGAAGCCCUGCAGGCAUCGUCUCAGGCCACGGCUGAACUGAACCUGCAGCAGAAGCUGCGUGACGACGCUCAGAUGAGGCUGGAGGAGCUGGAGGAGACUCUUCUGGAGAAAGAGCAGGAGCUGCAGCGCCUGCAGGCUCUGGUCAGCAGGCUGCAGGGAGAGGUCUCGGGCAAGCUGAUUGAUAAGGAGCGCACGCUGGAGGAGGAGAUCCAGCUGAGGGAGAGGCUGCAGCUGCAGUGCAAGCAGGCGGAGAGGGCGGUGGAGGAUCUCAAAAUGGAGCUGCAGAGCACGAACCAGGCCAAAGAUGACCUGGCCAAACAACUCAAACAGGCUCAGGAGAAGAUGAUUGAUCUGGAGAGUGAUCUGGAGGAGCUGCAGGACAGCGAGCAGAGAUGGGCCAACAAGCAGAAGAGAGCCAUUGAGCAGACCGAGCAGCUGCAGUUUAAGCUUAUUCAGGAGAAGGAUCUGAACGACCAACUGGAGAUGGAAAAGAUCUCUGCAGAGAGACAGCUGCGAGAACUGCGUCUGACGGUGGAUGAGCUUGAGAGUUCCAGGGUUCAGGAAGAUGUCAUUUCGAGGGCUGAAAGCAGAGCCAAGGAGCUGGAGAAUGCCCUUAGAGUUGAGGAGAGGAACAAAGCAACUCUGACAAACACCAUCACCAAACUGGAGAGGAGGAUCAAUGAGCUGGGGGAUCAGAUAGAGGAGGAGCAACGGAUAGCUACUGAACAGAGAGACCUGAUGACGCAGAGGAUGCGCUCCCUGAAGCGGCAGCUGAACGAGGCCGAGGAGGAGGCGAGCAGAAAGGAGGCCCAGUAUCGCCACACCCAGAGGGAGCUGGGCGAGGAGCGGGAGGCCAACAGCCGCCUGCAGAGGCAGCUGCUGGACCAGCACCUGCAGAACAAGCGGAAGGAGAACCUGACCAUCCGUCAGACCCUGGAUAACCUGAGGCUGGACCUGAGCGUGGACGAUGAAGAUGAGGACCAGCUGCCACAAACAAAUAAACAAACAAACACCGUCACUACAGUUUGAAAGCCUCACACUCAGCUCCAUAGCAGGAGAGGAGGACCUUCUCACAAAGAAAAAAAGUCCUAGUGUUGUUGAAGAACAUAUCAGCUGGUGGCUGUUUGGGUUCAUUAGUGUCAAAAAAUGGAAAAAAAACAGAACUUUUCAACAUGAAUUAUGCAGUUAAGGAAAAAUAACUGAGGAACUCGGAUGUUUAAGUAAUUAGGAGCAGUUUUUUUUCUCAAAGCUUCCCUAAAAAUCAGGAAAUUGCAUCGCUGAUUUACUCACCGCCCUCUGUUGGUCGAUGCGUGGAACUGCCGCUGAAGAAGGAAGUGAUGGACUUCAUAUGCUUGUUUACGAUCGGGGGGAAAAAGGUUUAUAGUUAUUCUAGUUAUGUUUGUACAUUAAGGGCUGUCCUAGCAGUGAUAAUAAUGAGAUAGCAAAGAUUUUUAUAAGCUACCAUGACCAUGUGUUUCACCAAUCACUGAAACCUGAAUUCCAUUUGUGUGCUGUAAGCAAAAAGAAGUGGGUUCUGGAGCUUCAGUGUUAGAUAGCAUCUAACUGAACACAAACUUAAUGUCUUGAUAAGGACAUAGACAGUAGAAGAAAGUACAAAUUGCCGCCUCCUGUAAAUUCUCUAGUUAGUUUUUAUUCGGUUCUUUGCCGGUGUUUUUUUUUUUCUUCUUUUUACCAAAUGGAGACCUUGCUCAUUCAUUUACAGUAUUUGGUUGUGAAAAUAUUACAGGUUAAUGGAACACAAUUAUUAUUUAUAUCAAACACUUUUAAUAUGUUAAUGUUUUUAUGAUUUUAAAGAGUUUUCUGUGUCUUCGGCUGCUUGUGGGGCCCCUUUGACUCUAAAGAAAUUUUAGAUGAAAUGUUAGAGCAAUUUCAGGUGUCUGCUGUUUAGGGGGUGAUUACUGUGCGUCCUGUGUGUGGUUUAUGUGUAUAUAUGAUUGGAUAAAGGGUUGAGAUUUGUUUCUACAAAGACGGAAAAAACAUCUCAUUUUACACCUAACUUGAUUGAUGGCACCUUCCGGACAGACAGAGAUUUACUGUGUUCUGUUGUGAUCAUGUAAAAGUAAAAAAAGAGUGAAUAAAAAGAAGAGAAGAGUAAAUUUCUUGACAUUUUCAUGGAUGUGGGUAGAAGCAGUUUUUCAGAUUUUUCUUAUCCACUUGGAUUUCACAAGUAAGUAAACUGUUUGCAUGUCAAGUCAUUCUGAAAGAGUUUUUGUUUUUAGCUUUCGAGGCAUAAUUAUGUAAACAUUUCCUUUCCAUGGAUGGGAUGUUUCUCCAUACCAAAGCCUACAUGUGGAAUUUGUGCAUUACUUUUUUUAGUUGGUUUUUGGUUGCUUAGUUUAGAUUUCUGCUAUUGUAAUCAAAGGAAACCUAAGGCAAUGACAUUUAAAUCAUUGUUUGAAAUUCCCACUCAAAUAGUCCUAUUAGCCCAGUUGGUGCCUUACUUUGUAGGAGAGAUGUUUUCUCCUCCUGUUUGAGUAAGCAUAACUUUGUCCUCUGCAAAAAUAGCUGAUAUUCAAGUGCAGUUAAAACUGAGUCUUGUUUACACUUGCUGCUGUAUUUCUAUUGUCUUUUCAAACAAAAAAACCCCACUAAAGGUACAUUUUUGUCUGAAAGAAUUUUGUGGCACCACCAUAUCUGCCUUUCUUACAUUUAAGAUACAUAUCUCGUCUAUAGAAAUUAUUUUUAAAUAGAAAUGUAAGAUUUUACAGACCUAUCUCUAGAGCUAUAUUUGUCCUGCUCUUCUGUUUGGUAUUUAUUUUGCGCAUCUUGAUUAAAGAAUUGCGACUAAA